CCUCACCCUCACCCGUCCUCCCCUCACACGCACACACACACACUCUCUCUCUCUCCCUCUCUUUCUCUCUUCUCGCUUUUCUUAACCACCAACCCCGCCUCUACCCUCCCUCUGCUGGCCAUGGAGCACGAGCGCAAGCCAUUCACAGAGACACCCGCCGAAGCUGCUGCCCGGUUCGAGAUCGAGCUGGACUUUGUACAGAGCCUGGCCAAUCCAAAGUACCUCGAGUAUCUGGCUCAGCGCAAGUACUUUGCCGACAAGCGGUUUGUGGCAUACCUCAAGUACCUGCAGUACUGGCGCUCGCCAGAGUACGCUGUCUUCUUGGCCUACCCGCACGCCUUAUUCUUCCUCGAGCAUUUGCUCAAUCCAGCUUUUCGCUUCCGCCUUGAGCACGAUUCAGGCUUUGCCGAGCUUCUCCACGCGCAGCAGGUGUAUCUGUGGACCCACAACGCCGCACUUCGCCAGGCCGAUGACGCCGAGGCGCUUGCUCCCGCCACCUCUGCGCUGGCGCCGCUGACAUCCAAAGUUCCAACGCCUACUCUGUUGAAUGCGUGUCCGAGCUCAGGUGCUGCAUCAUCAGCGCUCGUGCCCAUGGCCAUCGAGUAGUCUUUACCAAAACGUCGGAAGCAGCGCCGCUGAGCCGCGCGGAUCACCAUACGCCGCCCGGAUGUCGUGCAGGAGCGGGAGAACAAGGUGAGCGUUGCCGGCCUGCACAUCAUGCGGCGACCAGAGAUGGUUCCACGGCAUCCGCUUGUUGGCCCGAAGCUUAUCCAGCGCAAGCGUGAUGUUGUGCAUAGCCUCGGCGUGGGUCCGCGGCGACGUAUGGACGCCCGGCAGUGGGCCUCCCUCGACAGCGGCCACCACAUCAGUGAGGAACGUGCCGUCCGAGAAGAGCGGGCGCAGGCUCGCCGGCGCGAGGUCGUUUGAAGAGAGUCCGCCGAACCCGAGCUUGUGCAGCCAGUCGAGGAGCUCGCGAGUAAGGUCGGCGUCGGUUGCCGUGCUUCGCCCCGGCGAGCCACGCUUGGGCGACAAAGGCAGGUCACGCGCUGGCGACGGUGCCUCAGUAGCCUCGGUCGCCUGCGCCAUCUCGCUCGCCUGCCCGCCAAACGUGUCGUACAUGUGCCGAAGGAGACCAAAAAUGGCAACAGCGUCGCCAGACCCGAUCUCGGUCUCACACGAGAGAUACGCGUGCGGAAAGUCGGUCACCGUCCGCAGCGCCUCGAGCGCGAGCCGGACGUUGCUCACCUGAGACGUGAGCGUCCGUGGGUGCCGCAUCACUCCGCGCAGCUCGAUCCCCAGCACCACACCGACCAGAUCGCAGAGCAGAGUGCCGCGCGACGCCUCGCUGAUGAGAUAAGCCUCACCGAGCGAGUUGAGCGGAACAGUCGAGUCGAUGCAGCCAAGCGCUCGGAUCCACUGCAAAAGCUGGCGCGCGCUGGCUGCCGCACGCGACCGAAGCCGCGGCGACUGCUCGCCGCGGAUCCACCCACUUUCGCUGCUGCUAGCUUGGGCCGAGCCGCCAAAUACCCGCCGGAGCUCAUUGAAAAGGCCAAAGAGCAGCGCCUCGUCGCCGGUGAUAAACUCCUCUGUCGCCCACAAAUA